GCGUAAGCACGCGACAGAGGUCAGGAUACUGUUCGCGGUUUGGUUUAAGUUUUUCGAUCUUUUUUUUUUGUUGGUUUUUCGGCAUCGCGUGAGUUCGUAAAUCGGAUUUUUGACCCGGGUUUUGGACGGCGUCUCCAACCGGAAACUGAAACCAAGACCGAGAUGAAGCUGACGGUGGUCACCGUGCUGCUCCUGUUGGCAACGGGUCCCACGUGGUCCUACAAGAUCCUGGGACUGUUUCCCCACCCCGGGCUGAGCCAUUUUCACUUUUUCGAGCCGAUUCUGAAGGGCCUGGCGGCGGCUGGCCACGAGGUGACCGUCGUUAGUCACUUCCCGAACGCGAAUCCACCGCCAAACUAUGUGGACCUGCCGCUGGAAGGGAUGAAGCUGCUUUCGGACUCGGUUAGCUUUGAGCUCUUCGAGAACCGUCCCUCCUUCUCGCACUUUAUGGAGUUCUUCAUGCUGUACGAGUGGGGAAAACAGGCGUGUGAAAACGCACUGAAUUCAGCAGCCAUCAAAACCCUGCUAGAGUCCAAGGUCCAGUACGAUCUGGUCCUAACGGAACAAUUCAACAACGAUUGCAUGCUCGGAGUGGCCCACCUUUUGAACGCGCCGUACAUUGGCCUGAGCAGUUGCCCGUUGAUGCCGUGGCACUAUGACCGCGUGGGCAAUCCGAUCACUCCGUCGUACAUUCCGUCCCUGUUUAUGGGCUACUCGGAAAAGAUGAGCUUCAAGGAACGACUGGGCAAUUACAUUUCCGCUUAUGCGUUCAAGGCCAUGUACAGCUGGUUCAACGACAACGCUGCGAACGCCCUGUUGAGACAGCGCUUCGGGGACACUAUUCCGGACGUCAAGGAUCUGCAGAAGCGGACCAGCAUGAUGUUCGUCAACCAGCACUACGCGUUGAGCGGACCGAAGCCGUUGACGCCGGCCGUGGUUGAGGUUGGAGGCAUUCACAUCCAGGACUUUAAGGAGUUGGACCCGGAGUUGAAGAGCCUGCUGGACAGCGCCGAUCAUGGCGUAAUCUACAUCAGCUGGGGCUCGAUGAUCCGGCCGGAGACGCUGCCCGAGGAGAAGCGCAACGCGAUUUUGGCCGCCCUUGGAACGCUGAAGCAGCGCGUCAUCUGGAAGUGGGGCAACGACACGCUGCCGAACCAGCCGUCGAACGUUUACAUCAGGAAGUGGCUGCCUCAGCGGGAAAUUCUGUGUCAUCCAAAGGUUCGUGUCUUCAUGAGCCACGGUGGAUUGCUGGGAAGUUCUGAAACCGCGUACUGCGGAGUUCCAGUUGUAGCCACACCAAUGUACGGAGAUCAGUACAACAAUGCCGCGGCGCUGGCGCAUCGCGGCAUGGGUGUCGUACUGCCGUACGAGCAGAUCACCAAGGACAGCGUGAUGGAGGCGCUGCGCAAGGCUCUGGAACCGACCACGAUGGAGAACGCCAAGCGGGUAUCGUACUCGUACCGCAACCGGCCCCAAUCGGCCGUUGAGACGGCGGUUUGGUGGUGCGAGCACGUGGUCGCCACCGGGGGACUGCCGCUGGCCAAGAGCCACUCGACGGAGAUGCCCUGGUACGCGUACCAGAUGGUCGAUCUUCAGAUUUGCAUCUACGCCUUCCUGACGGUGUACGUUUGGUGCUGGGUUUGGCUGUUCAAGCGGGUGUGCUGCCGCGGCGUGAGUGGGUUCAAGGACGAAAAGGUGAAAACCAACUAGAGGUUGGUUGGAUGUACUCAAAUUUAGACUGUGUUAGGUAGCGGAGAAGGGGGUUAAGUUGCGUGCAAGAUUGGACAAAACAGGUCAUAGUUCUUCUAUCGGUCACCAGAUGGCGACACAACAAAAGUUCAAAAUUGCACGCAAGCAGGCUCAACUUGUUUCCCGUGAUUAGAUGUACAUUUUUUUAGUACGAUUCGCGCACACCUUCCUCUAGCCAAGGACUGUCGGAUAGAGUAAAACUCGACCAGCUAGAAUAAACUAUCACCAGUGUUGUGUUUUUGUUUUUAUGGUAUAAAAAAAUAUCUGAUAUAGUUUGUAAAAAUCACCACAUUUUAGAAUGCCGCGAUGGAACCAAAAGAAUAAAAACAAUACGAAAAA